AUUAAACAUAUAUAGCUCCAUUUGCUUUCUUUUCUCUCUUUCCUCAACUUCUACAUUAACAUCUCCAAGGCCUGCAUGAUGCCAUCAAGGUAGGUGUUGCUAGCAAAACUGAACAUAACUUCAUAAUAUCCUAAGAUGCCAACGAAACAGGUAACCUACCGCAAUGAUAAAGUGGUGCUAGUGAAGGUAUAUGUUGAAAAGCCUAGAAAGAAGAGCUCAUCAUCAAUUCAGCAUCAUCACCUUCAUUAUCACAUUCAUCACACAAUUAGACAAGAGGUAGUUCACGGCUCUGGUAGCAAGGGAUCAUAUGGUAGAAGAGCAGGGUUGCUUAUGUACUCGCAUCUCCUACGUGAAUCUGCAAGAGGAGCAUCAUCAACACCCUCAUUCUCCAAGUGGGUUGCAAACAACAAUUUCCAGCCUCCAACCCAGAUAACCCCUUCCAACAAGAAAAAGCCGGAGUAUAGGGAAAAGUCAACUUGCUUUGGCAGUUUGAAACUACUGAUUCCAAGGUUCUUAAGGUCAUGAUCAAAAGCCAAAAAUAAGGAGAAAAGGGAGAAACAGAAGCAUGGAGGUUUUUCAGGAAAUGGAAUGAAAAUGCUACAGGUAUGGAAAGGAAAAAGUUUCUUUACGAAUGUUUUUUCAGCAAGACGCAAUUAAUUAAGUAUGCUUGAGGUUCAAUUUUGUCCUGGUCGUUCACCUCUCUCAAGGUAUAAUGUCUCAAAUCUCGAAUCAAAUAAGAAUUUAUAUCGUUUAAUUAAUUAGAUUCAAGUUCUUAUCUUUCAUAUCAUGCUAAUCACUGACAAGUCCCUCCAUUACUGCUUAUUUGAUUAAUGCACGUCUUAAGGUUACUGUGUAAUAAAUCGUUGGUCUUAUUACAUGUAUUUUCUCUUAUUAUCUUUUCUUAGUACAAAUUAAUGGAAUUUACUUUUAUGGG